AUGGCGAGCACGAAGGUCCAGCGGAUUAUGACCCAGCCCAUUAACCUGAUCUUCAGGUUUCUUCAGAGCAAAGCUCGCAUUCAGAUAUGGCUUUUCGAGCAGAAAGAUCUGAGGAUUGAGGGCCGCAUAAUCGGAUUCGACGAGUACAUGAAUUUGGUUCUGGAUGACGCUGAGGAGGUUAACGUGAAGAAGAACAGCAGAAAGCAGCUGGGGAGGAUUUUGUUGAAAGGGGACAAUAUAACUCUGAUGAUGAAUACUGGCAAGUGA